GCGGGAAAACCAACAGCAGCAGUGUCAACUGUCACGUUGCGGUGUAAGCCAAAUUUUCUUGACAGUUUUUCAGUGAAAAUCCUCAUUUUUUUGAUUGACAUGAUCCAGGAAUCGCUCAGAACAGGGAUGUUGCUGGGUAUACUGGCUCUCUGCCUGAUGGCUUGUAUCCACUCUGGCACAAACGCAUAUCCAGCCAAGCCUGCCAGUCCCCGGGAAGGGGCACCACCUGAGGACCUUGACAAGUAUUAUUCUGCACUAAGACACUACAUCAAUCUCAUUACAAGACAGAGGUAUGGGAAAAGAGACACUCCAGACACUGUGUUUUCAGAUGUGAUGGUGAGGGAAAGCACAGAGAACAUUCCAGGAUUUAACUAUGUCAGUUACAGAUAUAAUGAGCUGCCAUUGUGGUGAUCCUGCUGGAGCUGUCAUACUGAGGCCGACUGCUACAAAGAUCCUGCCUGUCUCUUACGGACAUGAAAUUAACUUGUGCUGCAUGGAAUAAACCUUGCAUAAUCGUAUUAGUGUGGUGUGUAAUGUUGCCAGUGCUGCAAUUGAACUCAUUUGGGUCUUGCAGGACUAACUAAAUUAGAUAGUGUAGUUUCUUUAGUGUUGCUCUGUUGAACAAGGUCUUGUGUCGGUCACUUGAUGACUAACAGUGCUCUCUACUGGUGCACUGGCAUCUUCACCCGCAAUACAUCACGUCUCAUGUUUGCUGCUGAUAUUUCAUUGAGGUGGGGUAAAAUGUGUCCUGGAUAAAUUAGAAGCAAAUCACAACAUAACACUGAAUAUUUGGUCAACUCACAUGGUUCAAUUUACCAUAACUACUGAGGAAGAUUCAUUUCAGCUGAACCACUAGGUGAGGUGAUCAGAGUAUAACUUCAAAGCUUCAAUUUGUCCCACUAAUUAAUGUGUUGUAUAUGUGGUGGGUGUAGCCCACAAUUCCUUAUAUACUGUAUGUUUGUUUGACUUGGGGGCAGAAACAUGUGGUUGCAGAUGUUUUGCCUAAAUGUGCUUUUAUUGUGCCGGGACACUCUUGCAAAAGAGAUUUUUAGUUUUAAUGACUUGUAUUCCUAGUUAUAUAAAGGUUAAAAAAAAAAGUUAAACAGUUUGUCAUAAGCAGUAGAGUAUUUUGUUUUUAUUCUCCACUGACAGUGAAUAUUGACAGACAUUCAAUAAAGCAUUUUAACCCAACAACCCUGGUGACUGGUCAAAUUUAUACAUAAAUAUAUUUUAUAUAAGACGCUCAUGUGGAGGAUAAAGCGGUAGAAAAUGGAUAGAUGGAUCAUUUACAUAAACAUAUACAGUAUCUUCACUGGUUCAAUUAUUAAAAGUAACAUUCAUAGUUGUAGAGAUUGUGGCAUAAAUACUAAGUAUUAUCUUAUUUAGUGUUAGUGGUCCCUUAUAAUAUACAGUAUGUGUUGAUGUUUUUAUGAUACAGAUGGUCUUGUAUGUUG